GUUUCUUAACCACACGCAGGACGAGAAAGAAGAACAACCUGCUCUUCACCAUUCACCACCCCUCUUCUCCCUCUCUCUGCCAAACCCCUCUUCUCCCUCCACCACCAUUCAUCGAUGCCACCGAUCUCCCUCCACCACCAAACAAUCAUACCGCCCCCUAUUCUCCCUCCAUGCCGUCGGUGCUUCUUUAUAACUCGACCCCUCUCUCUCUUACGAUUUUGAGAAAUGAAAAGGGCAAGCAAUUCAAGGGUGGGAUGAAGGUAUUAAAACCAUGAAAAAAGGUGAAAAUGCACUCUUCACCAUCCCUCCCGAGCUAGCUAAUUAUGGUGAAUCUGGUUCACCUCCAACAAUUCCUCCUAAUGCAACACUCCAAUUUGAUGUCGAGCUGUUGUCUUGGACAAGUGUGAAGGACAUAUGUAAAGAUGGCGGUAUAUUUAAGAGGAUACUUACUGAGGGGGAGAAAUGGGAGAAUCCCAAGGAUCCUGAUGAAGUAUUGGUUAAUUAUGAGGUUCGUCUCGAGGAUGGAAAGGUUGUAGCAAAGUCGGAUGGAGUGGAGUUCACUGUCAGUGAAGGUCAUUAUUGCCCUGCACUCUCAAAGGCUGUUAAAUCCAUGAAGAAGGGAGAGAAAGUGAUUUUAUUAGUAAAGCCUCAAUAUGGAUUUGGUGAGAAGGGGAAGCCAGUGCAUGGUGAUGAAGGUGCAGUUCCACCAAAUGCAUCACUCCAGAUUACACUUGAGUUGGUUUCUUGGAAGACUGUUUCAGAUGUGACUAGCGACAAGAAGGUCAUAAAGAAGAUCCUCAAGGAAGGGGAAGGAUUUGAGCGUCCAAAUGAAGGGGCCGUUGUAAAAUUGAAACUAAUUGGUAAGCUGCAAGAUGGUACUGUCUUUUUUGAAAAGGGCCGUGACAAUGAAGAGAAGCUGUUUGAAUUCAAAACAGAUGAGGAGCAAGUCAUUGAUGGACUAGAUAAAGUUGUAAUGACUAUGUGGUGUUUGAUGUGUUUGAUGUAUUUUUUUGUUCUUUUGGUUCAGUUAUGUGGUGUGGUCUUGUAGCUGUUAUAGGUUUGUCCUGAAUUUUCAUGUUAGUGUAGUGAUUGAAAUGUAAGUUAAAUUGAUUGAUAUUGUUGGUUUAAGUGACAACAUUGCA